AUGACUUGGUCAGGGGAGAAUGCUGAGCUUAAGGAUAAGAAUGCUGAGAUCCCUGAUCUUAAAAGGAAGUUUGCUGAGAUUGAGUCCGAGAAAGUUGAGCUUAAGACCAGGAUUGCUGAGCUUUUAAGACAGGCUGUGGAAGAGAGUAAGAGACGUAAUGUUGAGAAUGUUGAACUUAAGGCCAGAAUUGAGGAGUUAGAAAAAAACAAGGCAGAUUCUUCAGCUGAGAAUGUUAGACGUGAUGUUGAAUUUGCUGAGCUAAAGACUGAAGUACCUACCGGACACCUUGGAUAUUGGACUUCAAAACCUGGGAUCGAGCUAAAUGGAAGGUACCUAAUGAUCCUAACUCUGAAGAACGCAACGGUGCGUCGGUAA